CUAGAUUUUAAACUAGGACCACAAAUUUAAAUGCAAUGAAAAUAUGGCAAUGAAUGAAUUGGACAUGUUUUGUUUUUCCUACAUUGACAUAAAAAAAUAACGAACUUUGAAGGUUCAGCAAGACAGAUGGGCCUGGCAGCUAUCUUCUCUCCAUGAAAGGUGUUUUGACCAACCCUCUGUUUCGUAACCUUUUUCCCAAACCCACCUACUAUAUAUUUGAUUCCCCCAUAGACUAACUUGCAGGGUAAAAUACUUCACUGAAAACAUCUUUUCCUACUUCGUUUUUUUCUUUCAAUCCUACACCAACCUUUAAGUUAAAGAUGAGUGACGAUAAAGAAAAAGAAAAAGAUGCUAAUCGCAGCACUGUUCCACGGUUGAAUGAGAGGAUUCUCUCAUCUUUGUCAAGGAGAUCAGUUGCUGCACAUCCUUGGCAUGAUCUUGAGAUUGGACCUACGGCUCCACAUAUUUUCAACUGUGUGGUUGAGAUAACUAAAGGUAGCAAGGUCAAAUAUGAACUUGACAAGAAAACAGGACUCAUCAAGGUUGAUCGAAUUCUGUAUUCAUCAGUAGUCUAUCCUCAUAAUUAUGGUUUCAUCCCUCGCACAUUGUGUGAAGACAAUGAUCCACUGGAUGUUUUGAUUCUCAUGCAGGAACCAGUUCUUCCUGGUUGUUUUCUGCGAGCCAAGGCCAUAGGACUGAUGCCCAUGAUUGACCAGGGAGAGAAAGAUGAUAAGAUCAUUGCUGUAUGCGCUGAUGAUCCAGAGUAUAAGCACUAUACUGACAUUAAAGAGCUCGCCCCUCACCGCCUUUCAGAGAUUCGUCGCUUCUUUGAAGACUACAAGAAGAAUGAGAACAAAGAAGUUGCUGUGAACGAUUUUUUACCCAGUACCACUGCCCUGGAAGCCAUCCAGUACUCAAUGGACCUAUAUGCUGAGUACAUUCUGCACACUUUGAGGAGGUAGACAGAGAUCCACCAGGAGGAGCCAUAUUCUAUUUAUUUACAAAUAAGUCCUUUUAAGCAACCAUUUGGUGGAACAUGUUUCUUUUUUUUUUUCUUUUUUCUUUUUUUAAGAAAUUUUAAAUAUUUUAUUUUUAUUUUUAUUUUUCUGCAAUUUGGAUGAUUGAGAAUCCCUGUUUGGUUCAUCAUCAAGAAAGUAGGAAUGAUGCAAGUGGAUAUUUCUUCUUAAUUUUACAUAUAUGAUAUUACCAUUACCACUUUGCUUUGAUCAA